AUGGUUUUAAGAAGAAGAUUGUGGGCUGGUUUCAUUGACAGGAGGUUAAAAAGCGGUAAUGAGAAGUGGUGUUUAGGCGGAGACUUCAAUGAAAUCACUAGUAGGGCCGAAAGACUUGGGGCUGGAGGUGGUUUCAAUUUGAGAGGGAUGGAGGAAUUCCGGGAGUUCAUUGCGAGUAUGGGAGUGGUGGAUAUUCCUUGUGUAGGUAAGUACUCUUGGUUUAAAGACAACGGAAAAUCCAUGAGUAGAAUCGAUAGAUUCUUAGUCUCUGAAUCCUUAAUUGAUGAUUGGGGUGUUAUUAACCAAAGGAUUGGUAAUCGAGACAUAUCGGAUCAUGUUCCUAUUAAUUUGAAUUGCGGAGACGUCGAUUGGGGACCUAAACCGUUUAGAUUUAACAAUGCGUGGAUUAAUCAUAAGGACUUUAAAGAGUUCAUUUGCAACGAAUGGGCUAAGUUGAAGAUUGAUGGUAGAGGAGACUUUAUAUUGUUUGAGAAACUCAAACUUUUGAAGGCAAAUAUUAGAAUUUGGAACCAGGAGGUGUUCGGUUGGAUUGACCUUAAAGUUAGUGAAGAAGCGACAAAGAUCAACGUUUUGGACAAUUUGAUGUUGGAAAAUUUUGAUGGUGACAUUGAUUCCUUGGUGAAAGCUAGAAAGGAGGCCACAAGUGAAUUUUGGAAUAAUCUUAUUUUGAAAGAAAGCAUGCUUAGACUAAAAUCAAGACAAUUAUGGUUACAAGAUGGAGAUAAGAACACGCGAUUCUUCCAUAAUUCUAUUAAGGAGAGAUAA